GCUCGUUAUAAGAAAGACUGUAUAUUGGCCGUUCAUCUACUGCAGUGUCAACCGUCACAUUACGUUCAGUCGAAAGAUGCGCCCAAAGGACUUUUCAGUGAUGAAAAAGGAACUGAGCAGAACAGCGAUACGGUUCAUGUAAGCAGUAGUAUGAUGACGUUUCCACCGAUGCCCGUCUAUGUGGAAGAAGCUGAACAAGACUCUGAGACACAACCCGAAGAUCCCACACCACUGACGGCCGCUGAUUCUUCGAUAUCUGGACGAAGUGAGACGGUAAGGGAGACCUUAACCGCACUGAAGACUUCAGCAAGUUUCACUUCAGAAUUCGUGCACAAGAUCGAUGCUGACGAAGAUUAUUCUUGUGUUGAAUUGCGACGAUGUAAGAAUUGUGAUGAGAUCGUGACGGCAAUGUCACGUUCCACUCAAACCGCUACUCCUCAACCGCCACGACCAAAAAUGGUCGACGACUUUCCCAGAAUUCAUUUCAGUCUUGACGAACGGAUCGGCGAGCAAAUUGUUUGA